UUCAACUUGGUUGUGAUUCUUAGGGGUCAUACUUGUCUCAUUAUAACAGAACAGGAAUGAUUGUUUUUCCAUUUUGAACAGUCGAGUUUAGCUCAAGGUUAGAACUGAGUAAUUUCCCUAUAUUUCUUAGGGUUAUUAACUAUUUUUUCUUGACAGAGGACAAUUUCUAUCCAUAACAGAUCAAUGUAUCUGUGUUUCCCAUAAACCAGUUCAACCAAUUUCGUUAAGUGAAGUCUCUCUUAAGUUUGUUAAGUUUCCUUUUAGUGUUCUCUAGCUUUAAAAUAAGAUAUGGAGAAAACUAAAACUGCUUGAAAGGGAAAACGGAGGAAAUAAGUCUUUCAACGUGCAAUGCUUCAAUAUUAUCCACCUCCUUUGUAUAUACAAUUAAAAACAAAACCAGAAAAGCGUCAGAGUUUGACUCCGUUCGUGGGUCACCUUGCUUUCUGAUCCUUUUACUGAAUGAAACCCCGCUGGCUGUGAAUCCACAUCACCUCACUUAACUAACCGUCACCACCUCAGUGCAGCUGUUUUAACGCCAUAAAUCAAGUUCCAUAACACUCGCCAAAACGCGGGUCUAAUCACCAAAUUGAAACGUGAAAUGACACAGUAUCAUUAACAGGAACCUUGCUGCCUUUUUUUACAAUCCAACAGAGACGGUUGGCAGCACAUAAAACAAGCAAGGGCAAACGCUUUAACGGUGGAGCACUCCGGCUAAUUAAGUCGUUGAACCCGAUGCCCUCCUCAAAGAUGUCUCCCGCUGAGGGUUGGACAGCUGGGGAAUAACAGCCAAUAGGAACGUGCGGUGAGACGAUGUGAUGGACUGACAGCCAAUCACGUCGCUCCUCCUUGAGGAGACGCCGAGUUGGCUCCACCAAGGAACUAGCAAGCUACGGAAAACGCAAAAUAGUCGCUGAGAGGAGCAGAAAUCCUCGAACUGCCGCUUUGUUUCAGUGAUGUAGAGACAAAGGACUGAGUUGCUCUUAAAUAAACAGGUAAAUUGAUCAUUUUAUUUCUCCAGGCCACCUUACCGUGUGAAUCUGUAUGUGUUUAGGGAGGCUGACAGCGUCAUGCCGGCAGGAUGAAAGGGAUUUGGGCGCCGUUACUGUGGCAACAUUAGAUGGAGGGAUACACACUCCUCCUCCCGUCUAAUCUGACAGUUUGGCUGAUGGCAUUUGAGCAGUUAUUCAGCCUAACGCACAGGCCUUAGAUGUCUCUUUUAUUGUUUUGAAGCCUAAACGUUUCUGUUAGGCAGCUUUCGGUGUCUGUCAGACUGUAACUCCAUCCUCACUGACGGAUACUCCGGGAGAAGCAUUGUAAACACAGCCAUUUCAGUCCAAUCCAUUAAAACCACCAGAGCUGUACAAAAGAAUCACGCAAAACAAAGAAAGGAGCAUUUCACAAUGAGAGCAAAUAAAGAUAAACAAUACAUAAUUAAAAUGUGGGAUGGACAAUCCAGGGGAAACAGGUGUGUCUUCUGUCUAGGUCGGUGGUUCCCAAAGAGGGGGGUUGAAAUUCAUAUUUUAUCAAAUUUUUGCUGGACUAUAAAAAAAAUUAGUGAUUAAAAUUUGAGUGAAUUUGAAUGCAAAACAAAAUCUCAGACUUCUAAUGAACUAAUGAAAACACCUGUGCACCAGCUUAUUAAACAGAAGCCCAAUUUCACAGCUUAACAUUAAACCCACUCUUGGCAUGCUUUUUUCAUAAGUACUGUAAGUUUUAGUUUUUUUUGUUGUAAUGUCUCUGAUCAGCCUUUCGGUUGCCUUUGAGUGAGGUGAAUGUACGGGGCAGUGGAAGUUUCUCGUGAUUUCAACAGGAAAAGUUGCUCUUUGUUGUGUACUUCUCCCAAAUUUCAUUAAAAAAAGAUUUUCAGUGUCAAAUAUUGAAUCUACAAGCAGAGGUAUACUCCUGACUGAGCGUACACCAGUAGAGGUCCACUGAUGCAUGUGAUGAUUAACACAAGGAACAGAUUUCAUGCUGGGGAGAUCAUGGACAGUGUGGAUGAGAUUGUUGAUAUCAGGUUGAUAAUGGCUGAGAUCUGAGAUCAUGGUGUGAGCUCUAGUGUCCCAACAAUGUGAGAUAUAGGUAAAUAUGCACGUAGUUUGACUCUUUAGUCCUCAAAUGUCUGUGACUGGAAUAAAAGAUUGAUGCCCAGCUGGAGGAUAUUACUUUAGUCUAGAGGGGAGGCAUUAAAGGCGGUGGGGACUGUCUUUGAACCAUAGAGAGAGAGAAAUGGCUUGGAUUCUGCCAUUUUUCCUCUGUGAUAAUAGCAACUUUCAACAACAGUGGUAUUUAAAAAAAAACUGGUUUAAAAAUGGUGCCAAGAUUUUAGAUUUGAUCUGAAGGUAGGGAACUAAAUCCCUUUGUUUUUACUUUCUUUGACACUGUUUUGUCAUUUGUUUUUUGGCAUCCUGUAGGCCGCUGAAGAAUGAUUGAGCUGGGGUUCUGAUAUUGUCGUGGUGUUUAAUGAGAGACAUAACUGAGUACCUAUGAGGAGAGCAUGUGUUGGGAGGACAGUAAAGGCCCUGGUAUGGAGUUUUGGGGUACUCUACAGGUGAUAGGGGCAGACAUUAUGCCUUAUGCCUGAAGGAUAAAUGAAGAGAUAUUGUGUAAGUAUGAUUAAGCAGCUUAAAGAAGCACAGAGCAGAAAAGGGAUAUCCCCUCUCUCUGGAAUAUUAAAUAAAAAAAGGUAUCAUUGAACGACAUCAUGUGGUUACCAAAAGGCCAUACAGGCACAUAGGGAUCUCAAGAUAAAGCAACAAUUUCAUAACACAUAAAUCCUCUUUUGUGUUACUUAAAAAUAAGGUCACAAGCUUGUGGACUUAUUUGUUCAGCUACCAGGUGAUGCACCCAUAUUGUAAUUAGGACACAAUUGUGUGGUUUAUUUGCAUGAAGUCAGCUGCACCUUUUGCUUUUACUCUCACAUUAGUCUGAACAGCUCUGGGGUUUCUCUGAAAAGACCUCCUCCGAGGUUUGUGCAGUUUUAUAUUUGCAUUCAUUCCCUCUGAGUGCUGUUUGUUAAAUCACAUAUAUGUGCUCCUUGUGUGUUUGUGUUUAGAUCUGUGAUUUCUGUGUGUUGGUGCUGUGUUUCCCUGCAGGACCCAUGACCCUGACACGAGGUUCCUUCAGCUACUCCAACGGCGAGGAGUAUCACGGUGAAUGGAAAGAAGGUAAGACUGAGCCACUUACUCGCCUGUUCACCUUCAUCACUUGAUACAUUUGCAUGCAUGCAUAACAGAACUGUUUCCAUUAGACACUCAUGCAUAAAAUUAGUGUCUGAGUUUAUUUAAUACAAUCCAAUAAACACGUUACCUUAAUUAUAAUAGGUUAGGUCAGAUAUUAUGUUAAUUGUGCUUCAUGCUCCAACUUAUAUUUGUGUUUAUUUACAAAAGACAUGUUUCCCUCCAGUUGUCUUUCUCACAAACAAACACCAGGCGUACCUCUCGCCUGUUAUCAUACGUAACAGUUUUGCCCUCGCCCUGCCUCACUGCUCUUCUCUGCCUGCAUGUGUCUGCUCUUUUCACAAUGCUUCUUUAUAUAAAGUUAACUAAAUAACUCUACUUCCAUAUGAAUACAUUUCACUUCAACUUAGAGUUUCUUUUAAAGCUUAUAUCAUGGGCCUUAACCGAGACACCAGGCACUCACUUUAGAGCUCGCCCUUCGAGGCUUGAAUCCCAAAUGACGCCCUGAACUACAACAGUUACACAGGGUAAUUCAGUCCCAACAGUGCCAAUCCAGAGAGGGCUUUGAAUGGCUGUGAAUCAGUCAGGCAUGUUACCUGGGACCAGUUUCCAUGUGGGAUCAAGUUAAACUGAAAAAGGUGGCGGAACAUUCCUCAAUACGCAGAAAAGGCUGCAUUUAAACACCAGGUCCUCUGGCUGAAAACAAGUAUGAAAGUUGAGCAGCUCUUUCUCUGACUGAGUAAAAGUAGAAGUGUUCCAUUGUAGAUGGAGAACAGUGAACUGAAAAUCAGGCUGAAUAGACUCUGAGCCUCAGGGAUGUAAACAGUGCAGGUUUGAAGUGAAAAACUUUGAUUUGUAAAUGUUUUAGAAGUAAGGUUGUGCAUAAAUCAUGUUUGUUAGACCUUGAGGCUUCACAUUGUUUGUUUUUGUGUGUAACUCUGAAUGCAAACACAACUGUAGAUUGUUUAAAAGACAAACCCGGAGACCUCCUUUAGGUGAUCAAGUUCAAGAGAGCAGCAUGUGAAUCAACAAAGACUGAGAUUACAUUCACCCCGUGACUACACCCCCUGAGGUUGUUAAUUAUUUUCAAAUUUGACAUAAAAUGCUGUCCACCUGGUAAUGAUGCCACCAGUUUCAGAUUCAGUUUAGACAUUAUUUUACAUUGGUAGUAUGAAAAGUGUGGAACUUAUUUCAGGAUUUAUGGAAAAUACAUUUAAAACAUGUUUACUUUGGUGACGUUUGGCUUUUUAAAUGCCGUCUAAUGAAGAUUUUUAGUCUACCAAUUAUGCUUUUUUUCCUGCAAACCACAAGAUGGCUUAGGAGGAGACAGAGAUCUUAGUUUAUGUACAAGGUAGUCCAGGUAGGUCAUGUCCAAGCACAUGGUAGCCCUGUGCAACCAAAUCAAGCUUACACACAGAGAUCAUAGAAAUCUCAGGAUCGUAUUGACCCUUAUAUAAGAAAAGUUUUUAUUUCUAAUAUACAUCUAAAAAAGUGGGAAAAUUACAGAUUUAUGGACUUGCCCCUUUUAUACAGCAGAAUACUGUUGUGUCUAUAAUGCUAAAACUAGGACACUACAGUGUACUGAUAGCUCUCCAGUGAUUAACUCGACGUGUUUCUGCAAUGUCCAGAAGCUUUUCUAUCCUAGAAUGAAAUCUCUGUGUUUUGAGAAACUGUUUGACUUCAGCUGACUAUGCAGGACAGAGUUAACCAUCUUUGCUUUGGUCUGUUGACUAAUCAGAGGCUGUAUCUGCAAACAAAAAAAUAGUCUUAAAAGGGGCGUAAUCUUAUCUUAGGGUCAGAACAGUGUGCUGAAAAGAAAGCCAUGUAAGAAUGACCAGAUAAUUUUCCUGCCAGAAUAUGAGCUCAGAUGAAAAGUUUGCUUGUGCUCUUGGGCUAAUUAGCUGUCUGUAAAAUGAAGCCACAAUUGUGCAGAUUGCAGCUAAUAGGCAUUUAAAAAGUGCCUAAAUGAAGCCAGCCACUACAGAAAAUGUACACAUUUGCACAUACAGACCAUCUGGUGCUAGAGCGCCCGCUAAGACAGGAUAUCACACUACCUAAACCAGAAUUUUCACUUUGACAGAAACACCCUGACAACCUUUGGGCAAGGUUAAACAAAGAACAAGAGUUUGGCACCAAAGCAGCGUGAGUGUGCGGGGAGAAACAUAUGGUCUCUGCAUGGUUUGUGAAAAACUGUUAAACUGGUUUGGCUGUGAUGAGCUCUGAUAUGCUCAGGCGUAGCACACAGCAGUGGUUUCUUUUUUCAGUUGACACAUUUUCAAGUGAUGAUUUUCACUGCUACAUAUCUGCGUUCAGAUUUUCAGAUUUGUAAUGUUGACAGUCAACCAACAUGAACAGACAGUCCUUGCUCUAAAAAAAAAAAAAAGGAAAUUUAAAUGUUUAUUUGCGCGAAAAUUCCCAAACUCAAAGAAAAGUGCCUGUUUUUCUCCAUCUAAAGCCUUUGACUCAAGUUUGCCAUACUCUGCUUUGGCAAAAAGAUGUGAUCAAAGGGGAUUCAGCUCCUAUAAGAGACAAUAAAUCAUAAAUUUUGAUAAAAAAUAUGCUCAAAUCUACAUUUUUUUAAUAAAGUGUGGCUGUUUUGCAUCUCACUCAUAAUCCACUUAGCCCAGUUUGCUCCCAGCUGUGCAUUUCAUUAUCUUAAACAAGACCGCUUUUAUCACGGGAAGCAUUUGUUUGACUAUACUGAGAUAUUACUGCCUUUGAGAUGGCUCCCCAUUCACACAUUCACUUGUAAAUUGCUUUUUUACCUGCUGUUAACAUUUCAAUUAAAUAUCCCUCCUUAUACUCACAACUGCAUGUGUUAACACUCAGCCUUUCUUUUCUAAUACACAUUAGUCUCUAAAUAUGUGCCACAACACGUCAAUAUUCUAUCACUAGGAGUUGAAUUUUCCCUUCACAAUAGCUGUGUAUGAAUGUGUGAGUAAGUGUGUGUGUGUUCUGGGAGGUGUUGUCAUGAUCACAGUCUGAUGUGUGUGUCAUGACUCUCGUCUUUGCGUCCAUGCAUGUGAGGUGACUGUUUGCACACAAACAUGUAGGUGUGUGUCGGACAGAGGUCUAUGGUGUCACAUGAAUAAUUCAGUGGAGCGCUUGGUUUGAAGACAGGCACCGGGGGCUAUCAGGUUACAGGAAGUCAGGCGGGUACAUCUAUUCUAGCAGCAGAGGCCAUUUACUACUGUACUUUGCCCAUGUAGCCGUUUAACAUCUAUGCAUUACCGUUAUUGAUUGACAUAAAAGCCAGACAAAUUCAGCUCAACCCUAAUUAGCCAGAGACCGUGACCUGACACUGGAUUGGGGAGAGGCGUUGCAAAGGAGCUAAGCGACAGAUUAGAGUCUGGAGGGAGCAAAUCCAAAGUGGCAGAAAGGAAAUCACUGUCCCUUAUUGCAGCACACCCAUGAUAAUCUUCCCUUCAUUCAAAAAUAAGUUAUUUACUGAGCUGUUUCUCCAGUAGCUGUGUAGCUGAAAAUGUUGAAACAACUAUUCUCACAUCAAAACCUCUUAUUUGGCUUUAUGUAAAGCAUGUGCUCUAAAAGGGACAACCCAAAGAGGAUGUCUCUGCACUCUGUGAGAGACCGCAUAAGCAAAUAGUUGAACAAUUCCAGAAUAAUGUUUCCCAGCAGAAAAUGUUCAUCCACAGUGCGUGAUUUCUUCAAAUGAUUCUAGGAAUCUGGAGAAAUCUCUGUGCCAAAGGAUCGAGGCAGAGAACCAAUACAGGAAAACCAUAAUCUUCUUGCCCUAAUGCAGGUUUGCUUAAAAAACAGAUAUGACUCUGAAGUGGAAAUCACUGCAUGAGCUGGAAAACCCCCCCUUAAAACCCCAAACCCUGACUGCAGUUUACUGCUCCAUUCACUAAUGCAGCAACAUUAUUUAAAGCAAAUAAGAUUUUCAGUUUUGUGUUUCCUGUCCCUUUCAAAAAGUUCUAAAUUUAAGCAUCAUGUGCACGUAAGUCAUACAUCACCUUUUUGGCUGAUAAAUCUGCUGAUAUUCAAUUAUUUGCUAGUACAGAUGAUACAUUUUUUAUACAAUUAUCUGUCAUCACUGAUAUCAACUGCACCUAACUUUUAGACCAGCUGUAUGUGAAGGUUUCUAUUUAACAUAAUAUGUCGCACCUUGAUCAAUGCAUUGAAAUAGAUGAAAUGUAGGACCUUCCUUCUCAUCGCCUGCAGCAGCAUGUGUUAGUCAAUACAUGCUGCAAAUGCAAGAGUAAACAGUGAAGGGAGAUCAUCUCCUGCAGAUAGAAAACAGGAACAAUUGAAAAUCUCAAACAAAAAUUGUCAGUUUGUGGGAAACAAUGCUAUCUGGCCACUGACAGUCCAAAGGCUUUUGCAGCUCACUUAUCUAAUACCACAAAACUCCCCUUUUCGAUGGAAGAUUUUGCUCAUGAAGUUUUUUAUUCAGACAACUUUGGCCUCUUCGACACCCAGUAGAAAACCCUGUGAAACCCCCUCCUCUGGGGCUUUCACUGGCCUCUCGGGGCCCCCCGCAGGCUGGAGGGUUUGGAUUUAAGCCCCUGUUGGCCCUCUUUUUUUAUUCUCAAAUAUACUUAAUGGUGUCAGGCUCAUGCACGCAAACACACUUCUACACAUCUGCCCAUAUGGAUGCAGGAGGUUCGAGAGAAGAAAAAGACUUUAAAAACAGAUUUAGUUUGGGCCAAAUCUCAUCACCAAAUCUGCCGUGAAAACCCUGCUGAGAUUAGGCAGAGGGCAGCACUUUAAGCAGCCCUGACAGAUGGACUGCCUAAUUUACUUUGCCAUUAGCUGGGAGCAAAGGGACAACACUCACUGGGCUCACCCUUGCCUCACCCCGUCCUCCCCCUCCUGCAAAUCCCAAUCCGCUGCUCCCAGAUCUUCCUCACUCCUCUCCCCUCCACUAGCUUUCAUGCCACUUGGCGAGCUGGUGGGAAAUCCUAUUCCUCGCCUACAGCUGCUACGAGGAACCCGGGACCUCCUUGAGCCCGUGUCCAACUGUGCCUCACAUCCAGUUAUUCUCCUAAUUCCCGCUGGGCCUGCUAAUAGAGGCUGGCAAGAGAAGAGGAAUGCUCUCUUCUUUCCCUGGCGUCUUUUUUUCCCCUUCUAAUGGCAUGCUGCUGAUCCUGAAAAUGAGUUGAAGAAUUUUGAGGAAAAUUAGGUCUCACCUCCCUGGAAACAUUUUAAAGAGAUGAAAAAUUAAAGAGUGCAGCGCAUAUUUAGCAUUUAGCACCAUCUCAAGUCUGCUAACUGAUCAUUUUCAGUAAAAUAAUUAUGUGAUUACCCUGUCAAAUAAUUCCUCUCACAUAAUUUCCAACUGUUCAACAAAAAAGAAACUCUUUGGAAAUCAUGGAUAUUUUAUUUACAUUGAGAUCAAACUUGCUGUCUAACAGAUAAGGGGCUGUAUUGUUUUUUAAGGCCAUUAAGGGUACAGGUAACUAGUAAUUAACAAGACUGAGAUCCGAUAUUUUGGAACUGAUGUGCAAAGACAGUAAAAAUUAGUACAUUUUCAUUAAAACAUGGAAUAUCACGGACUCCAACACAGCUUUGUUUAAACACCCUUAAACAUUUAGUCAAAAUUGUAAUGUCUUACAUCACAUACCGAAGUCCACAGUAAAGCCGUUACACUUUUCCUGCACAUGUACAUCACAAAGUUUUGUAAUGUCUCAAAAAUUAGUGGUGCAAGACAUCAGGCCCAGAGGGAAAGACACACAGACAGUAGAGCCAAAGUAGUGCACUUUAAAAUAAGAUAAUUUCAUCUGAUAUCUGUUCCGUAAAGAGCCGAUAUAGAUAAUCAGUCUCAUAAUCACCAAAAGCCAACAACUGGUCUACACUGCUUUGCCUCACCUGAUGUCCCUCCCACAACACUGUCCAAUUAUUGGCCUUGGUCGAUAAUCAGCAAUGAUUAAAACUAUUUCUUAAACUUAAAGACCCACUUCGAUAAAAAUCAUGUUGUUCUUGUUUUUUACAUGUUCAUAUGGCAUUUUUCUGAUGCUACAGGACAUAUCGUGCGAAAUUGCAUUCCUUAGUAUUUCUGCAUUCAAAUUGCUGUGAAUAUCUGGCAGACCCAAGGGGCAGGCUUAGACACAGUAGGAUUUCCUACAUCACAAAUCCAAGCUCCGCCCCUGGAGCCCCGCUACGCAGGCCAGACUCUGAUAAAUAGAGAGGACAAUCGUGGAACAAGCAUGUGUGUUAGUGGAUUGCAAUGCUCGUAAGAAAGCUGAUUAUGAUAUUAACUUUCAUCAUGCCCCUCAAGACAUUAGUGUCUAAGAGCUGAAUAGUUCCUGUGUUACCUGGUACUUCUACUACACCGGCAGUGUUGGGCUGCAAGCUAGAGGAGUGUGCAGAGCAGUGCUGUCUCCACCCACGACUCAGAGGCGAAUUGUUAAUGGGCUACUGGAGCUCUGCAGAAGAAAAAACCCUUGAAAAUGACACAGGUAACAUGAUUUUGGCUAAAACCUUCAUAAUCACAAUUUAAAGACCCCUGAGAACACUUUAAGUAGUUUAAAAAAAAAAAAGAACGAUUGGAGUGGGACUUUAAGGCAUUAAAGCAAAGUCACAGGUAUGAUUUCUGUUGUGUGGCAGGUUCGUAGUGAGGACCCAGAUGCAGACACUGAGACUGAGAUCAACUUAAAGAGACUUUUAAUGUCCAAAAAAGGGGAGAUAGUGCAAACAGAGGAAGUCUAAAGGGCUGGUUGGCUGGCUGUCGUGUGGGCUGGAGACACUGCAGGAGAAAACCAGAGGAGACCGGAGUUAAAGAACAUGAAAAGAGUCACUAGGAGCAAAAUUCUGAUAGGGAUACAAACAAGGUUGGCCAGGAGACGCGUCUUUACCGCUAGGAAGGGUAGACAAUACUCAGGCGCUGAGACUGAGGGCUGCAGGCUUCUUAAAGUUCCUUGAUUGGAGAUGAGGAGCAGGUGUGUCGUCUCACUCAGCCUCAGCGCCGGGGAAGGGGAGGAAGCUCUGGAAAAGAGUACAGCCAGACCAGGCAAACAGGGAAAAACAGGAAGUCCAGCCAAAAUAAAACAGGAUGAGGAGGCGUCUCACCACAAUUUUGUAAAAUUUCACCUGAAAGUUCUUCACUUUUACUCAGUGCAUAUCAGUUCUAAAAAUCGUUUUUCAGUCUCAUAACGUGCAGACAAUUAGUAUCAGAUAGGGCUAUCACUUUUUUAAAAUUUGAACCUUCAUUCAAACUCUGAAGGAAAAAGUCAUAUUUGAACUGUCAUGAUAAUGCAGUAGGCCUCCUGUAGUAGCUCGCUGUAUGAUCCAGCAGGUUAAGAUCUUCUCAUCGUAAUCUGACCACCGAAUGGCCCUGAACUUGUACGGUAAUGUUGUUCUACAAAAAUGGAAGACAUGGUUAAACAGAGCAGCACUGAGCAGACAUUCACAACACCAAAACAUCUGAGAAGCUCUCUGUGGAAAAAUUUUGGAAUCUACACUGUAGAUGGAAAAGUAAAGACAAAGAUAGGGCUGUGUGUCAACUUUUACAAAACAGCUGUCUUACUUGCCAACAAUGGCAAAUUUGUGGCCUCACCUGAUAACUAACCAUGUGAAGUGAAGGAGGCACCACUGUUGAUCAGGACAACAGAAAGUGUUCAACCACCGAGGACUGAUUUUUUCAGGGCCGGCCCCUCCUCGCUAAAAGCUUAGAAAUUUGAAUGACCAUUUGCUCGCUAUGAACAAUAUUGGUUUAAAGUUGUUGUUUUUAAUAAACUAACAUCCUUCAUAUUGCUCUGAAAAAAAGAAAACGGCAUCAGUUAACCUCUAGUACAACAAAACUGUACCAUUAGUGUAACAAGUGUAACAUUCAAAGGAUUCACUAGACAGGCUAGAAACUCUGACAGCAGUACAUAAAGGUACAAGACCAGUCUAGGAACAUUAGAGUUUCCAGCAAUGAGAUGGAUAGAUUCCCCCGAUUUAAUAAGAAAAUAUAGAGUCCCGUGAUAUUGCUAUGCCAAGCACAAACCAGCUCUACAGCCGAUGAUGAAUGAAAAGAGAUGAUCUGGACUUGAGGGGUGUGAGCUCCAAUCUUGAAAAUGUCCCUUACAUUUAUUCAACUUUUUAGAUCCAUUGACAGAUGCAGAUCAGUUUGUUUUUCUUGGAAAUGGUGAAGUUCCUGGUAAUCAUUCUACUUAAGUCCUUUCUAUUAUGGUUUGAUCCUGUAUCCUCUGCUCAGUGAUUCAUGCUAAAGAUUUGUCAGUGUAAAAAGAAAUAAUUGCAUAGCUUAAAUGGAACACAGUUGAAGGUACAAGGCAGAGGGAAACUAACCUCGAAAUCUGUUGUAUUUUCAAGGAAACAUAAUUGGUGCUUCAAACAAAUUGGUUGAAGAAAUCCAACAAUACCAACACAAAGUCAGAUCAAUGCCACAGGAUUCACUCUGAGGACUGUUCUGUUUCAAGUGUGGAUUGCUAAUAGGGGCAUCAGUGUGGAUGUUGUCUUUGUAUAGAGUAUUCAUAUUUGUAUGUCUGGUCUACAGCAUUAGUUUGUGAAUAAGAUCAUACAAGGACAAAUGGACUCUUUUGUUGGGGUUUCAUUAAAGCUUCCUCAGCUCAAGCUUCCUUCAACACACCCGAGUCCUGAGUUUCUAUCAGCGCUGCACAAGGCUAAGAGGAAUUUAUCAAGAGAUUAUCACUGUGAAGGAUAAAUCUCAGAUUUGAACAAUAUUUCCUACCAAGACUCACAGACAUCUGUGAAGAGAUAGAAAAUUAUUGAGUGAAAGAGGAGAAAUGCACACAACCUUUUCUUUUCUCAGGUGUUUUCCAACAUCACCUGAGAGUAAAUGCAGAUAAACUACAGUUCCUCAUGUCCACCUGAGGUUUGCUGCAAAAACUGUGCAUAGACUGUAUAUACUAUGGAUAACUUGGUUCCACCUUCCAUCAUUAUACGAAUUUGAAUCCGAAUUGCUCUCUAUGUCCGGGUUUUUCUCCACUUCCUGGAACCACCACUAGCCCAGUAGCAUUGUACGCAUUCAGCGGUAGAGUUGCUGUGACGACGCCCAGUUGGGCUACGCAAUCUUUGUACGCCCAUAGGCUGUAUCAAGUAUCAAUUAUAGAAAACGGUAUUCGGUAUAAUUAAUUUCUAAAGUUUGUCCACAGUCCAUUGAGUUUGCUGGAGGAGGCUGUAUUUAUGACCUAUACUGCAGCCCGUCACCAAGGGUUGUUGUUCUCGUGGAGGCUUUACCCAGCGAGCGUGCAGAUGACGUUCAUUCUAUAUACAGUCUGGUUAACACUUGUGCUGAUCUUCUUUUUUCGUUUAAUGGUGGAUCACAAACAACGUUCAGGUGCAUACCGCUGCCCACUGUACAAGAGUGUGUGGCGUCAUAUCUCCACCUCUAGAUUCUGCCCAUCGAUUGAGUCUCUUUGAAAAAGUGGAAUAAGGCUUUCCUUAAAUCUUUGAUCUUCUCCCUAUCCUCCUCUGAUCCAAGAACUCCAGCCAGACUACAGUCGUGCUGAGCUGCUCUAACUCUCCCCCGUAUCCUCUCUUUCUCUAAAGCAUACUUUUGCACAGUGAAUUAUUACAUGUUCCACAUUGUCCUUCACACCACAUCUCUCACACUUGUCAGUAUUCUUUUUCCCUUUUACAUUCAAUAUGUCUUUCAGAACAGUAUGGCUAAUUCUAAGCCUCAUUAUUUUUGCCUUUUGUGCUGUUGCAGGUCUGCGUCACGGCAUGGGUCAGCUGACCUUUGGCGACGGGACGUGUUACACAGGACAGUUUGAAAAUGGACUCUUUAACGGCUGUGGGGUGCUGGUGUUUCCUGACAGCUCUAGGUCUGUGCGUCACUUCCUGCCUAUUUGAUCUGUUAUUUCUUCAGAUAGGAUCACUUUGUAAUACAUGGUUCCUAAAAUUCUAGUUCAAAAAGGGUUUUAAAAAAGUAACACAAAAAAAUGAAAAAAAUAGUAACAGUUGAUGUCGAAUGUACUUGAAUUUUUUGCAAUUCAAUUUUUUUUUCUGGGUUAGUAUUUUUGUUUUCCAAAUUGAUUCAUGUUUCCUAAAUAUUGAUUUUUUUAAAUUGCAGUUUCCAAAAAUUGUGUUCAAAAUUUGUGUCUCUUAAGGGGUGGUAUUGUGCUUUUUCGCAUUUACAACAAAAAAUACAAAGUUACAAUGUUUAGUGUCCAUACAAGAUGUAUGUAUAUUUUUAAUUAUGAUAUUUUAUAUCAUGAGGUAAACCUUUGUUGAAAUAAUCCUAGAAAACAUGUAUUUUUUAAUUUUUAUUGCCUUUCUAAUAUUUUGGUGCCAUUGAAUAUUCCUAUGUUGCAUUAUGAACAUACUGUAUACCCUUCAGCCAGAAAACAUUGUGAUGACAGGAACAAGAAGUCGGUUCAGAGCGAGUUUUAACAUUUUCUGAACUUCAAUGCCUGAGGUUCAGGAAGUUUGGUUUUCAGCCUGAGAAAAAUCUCCAAAGAUCAGAAGCUCAGAAAAUUAGCAGAAUGAAGCACAAAAUGCAGUCGGUCACCCUCCAUCCCAAUGCCAAUUUAACAAACCACAAGCAGAUUUGCAGAUAGAGUGCAGUUAGAAACACUUCUCAGCUCAGCACUGUAUCAAUGUACAUCCUUUUAGAGCUUUGAAUCGGAGCUUUGUAUCAUCUGAUUUAUUAGAAGAGAGUUUCUAUGAAGGAUGACACUUUUCGAGCCUUUAGAAAUAUUCAACAUUUCUCUGUACUCUCAAACAUUCCUCAAACAGACUUUUGACCCUCUCAGCUGCUGCUUCACUCAUGCUUUUCAUCGGUCUUAAUCAUCGGUGUAUUUAAGAAGCCAAUCUAAAUGGUUCUGAAACUUUUUCCUUUAAUUUAAAAAUAUUUCAGAUAUCCAAGGUAAAGUUUGAGCAAGUUCAGCUUUAAAAUGAGAUUUUUGUGAAUGUUAAAGAAUUCCUUGGAGUUAUUUUUACUGUUUUUAUUCUCUAUUAUAGCAUUUUCUUCACUUGUAAAAGGAAUUUCAUUUUCAUUGUUAUUUAGGUAUGAAGGUGAAUUCCUGCAGGGCAAAUUUCAAGGCGCUGGCGUCUUUACUCGCUUUGAUGGGAUGAGGUUUGAAGGCGAGUUUAAAGGAGGAUGUGUGGACGGAUACGGUAAGAUUUAUAUCAUUGUGUACCUGUCAAUUCAAAUAAAUCAUCAAAUCAUCAGGAACAGAAUAAAACUCAUUAAAAAAAGCCUUGGAGACAAUGAAAGGUUUUGAAUGAUUCACUUUGAAGCAAAUUGAGUUGAACUGUGCGAGACUAAGGUGAAUCAAAUCAAAUCAAACGUACUGGACUGAAUCAAUUGAAACUGAGCUGAAUCAAGAGAAACUAAAACUGUCUGUGUUCAAAAGAACCAGAUCAGAUUUUCUCUGUCGUUAAGAGGAACUAAAGUUCUCCACUUGUGCUUUUGAAUUUUAGAAACUGCCAAUCAAACGGGACUUUUCAUGUAAUUUCAAGAAGCUUUAAAGUGUAUUUUUGUUGCCAGUUUAGCUAAUUUUGACUUGAGUUUCUUGCUUCACUUUGGUUUUCAUUCAGUCUAUUAUCUCUUACUGAUGUUACUCCAAGUGUCACUUCUCCAAAAGUAAAGAAACAUUAUCCAUAAAAGUUCUGACAUCAAUCCAACAUUUUCAAAGCGAUCUGUAUUUCUUUUCUGCUCUUCGCUCGAAUUUCAAACAUUUCAAACCUCUCUGGAUCUUAUUAAACAGUGAGAAGUGUUAAUUGCCCUGAUUGAAACCUCCUGCGUACCUGUGCUGUGAAUCUCUGGAGGUAAUAAACACCUUUCCUUUUUUUUUGAGGACUGCUGAACAAUAUGCCAAUGUGACAACUUCUUCAUUUUUGUGCCUGUAAAAAUAGAGCUGCGACGCAUAGAUCCCCCAGUUUCCUCUGAUCAGACCCCCUGAAAUCAGAGCUGAGAAGAGCGAGGUGUUUUCAGAGAGAGACUUCGGUUCAAAAUGUGUUUUUAUGCUACUUAUCAGUUAAAGAUUAACCAAAGUUCAAGUAACAGUUAACCCUAAACCAGAGGAAAAAAGGAACAACAGCUCAGACGGAGGAUAAAGGUGAUCAGAAGCAAGAUUCAGAGUCUAAUUUCAGCUGAUAACGAUUUCUAAAUGUACAGAAGUUAACAGAAGAUGUGGAAAAAUUACUCCCAAGUUUGAGACAAGUGACGACCUGUUCGUUCAAAGGUUUGUUGUUAAUUGUGACAGUUAUUCAGGUUUGUUUGGCCUUGCUACUGAAGUUUUUUCUUAACUCUGUCUCCAGAUAAUUUACAUAGAAAAUAAUAAUAAAACAUAAAAAAAAAAAAAAGAAACUCAGGAAAGUUCUUGAAUAACAAAACUUUCCAAAAAAGUCUAAAUCUUUGGAUUGAUUUCUUCUGUGUCCAUGCUCUCAGGUGAGUGUGAUUCAUAAAAGGAUAAACCUGUCCAAACAAACUCACAAAGUGCACAAAAGGUUAAAUGCACUAGACAUGCACCAAUCCAUUUUUUUUUCUGAUCCAAUCCGAUAAUGAUACCUGAGCUGAGCGUAUCGGCAAAUAUGCAAUACAGAUCCGAUUCUACUGUUGAAUGAAUGAACUGUAUACCUUGCCCUGUGAGUGAAGGCAUCAGGCUUGACAUUAGUCUUGUAAAAAAAAAGGUAGCAAAUUAACACAGAUAUAGAUUUACUUAAUAUUAUUCUUUGACAAAUAACAAAUUGCACAUUAGCACACAGCAAAAAGAAGUAAGACUUCCAUGUAUUAAAAGAAAAAUUAAUUUAAAGAAAAAAAAGACUGGAUCGGAACGCUGGAUCGGCGUCAUUCAUCAGAUAUCAGAUCCAGUUAAUGUGUCAAUAUCAGAGCCGAUGUCCGAUCCAAAUAUCGGAUCGGUACAUUCCUAGAACGUACUUCAAGUUGCACUGCAGAGUAAAUAACAUCUUUGUGCUCUGAUGCAAUCUGCAUUUAUUUAAAUAAGUAGAAAAAACCUCUGCCUGUGCAGAGUUAAUUUAGUCACAAUUAUGAUAAAUGUUUGUAUAGGUCUCUUUUUUCCCACAAUGUGGUCAAUAUGAUGGCAAACGCAAACAUCAGAAAGGGUCAAACCUGCAGCAACACUUGCAGCAAAAGAACAACUUCCUUCAUAGACAGAUGUAUGUAGACUUGCAGUCUUCAACAGGGUCAUGAUAAAACAAACAACAAUCAUGCAGCAUCUAAAUGGGGUUGGUUAAACAAGAGUACACUUUCCAUACCGAAGUAGAUCAGUAAGAACUGCCCAGCAACACUGCUUUGUGUAAGAGUCAAGGCUACAUUAUCCGGUUAAAGUAAGGAUUCCUGAUAAUACACAAGUGAGAGUGUAAAGAGAGUGAGAUGUUGCUCUACAGAUCAAAGCACUUGGUUCAACCUUGAUACCAGCGGUUUGUCAUUGACAAACAGAAUCAUUUCAAAGUGAGAGAACAUUUUUAAAGAAAGGCUAUGUUUUUUCACUGACUACAACUAGAGUUAUCACCUACUAACACUACACUAAAACUGUACAGGGUAAAAAAACAACAAUUUGACAGCUCAGCAGCAAACCUGUGUUUAUUAUCGUUACCACAGUGUGCUUUGUGAAUCAGAUCUUCAGUUGGAGCAAAUAGCAGUGAGGAUAUUCGCCCAAACAUGGUGUGUGUUCUUCAGUAUUGCACUGUGAACACAGCACGACCCAACAAGCUGGAGGUGUAAAAACACCCUAAGUCUUUUUUGUACUGAGGCUCAUACACACGCACUGUUCGUAAUUAACUGUAUGUAACAACACUGAUGCACAGUGACAUUAUGCACUCUGCAGCACAUCCUGCGGUGCAUUUAAACCUCCAGGUGUGCUUUGUGAAUGAGGCUCUUUUGGUUCAUUUGCGAAGGUUCAGCUGUGGAGUUUCUUUUUAAAUGACACCCUCAGAGGUUUUUAUUUUUAUAAAGAGUGUGGUGCUGCUAAGGCAGGUUACUUGAAGUGUCUAACAUGGAGUCUGUCUGGUGCAGGUGUGCUGACAUUUUCGGACAGAGGUCCCGGUGGCGGCGUCAGCCACGAAGGGCUGUUUGAGACCAGCCAGCUGACGAGGAGAGAGAACAGCCAGGCAGCCGUGCAGAGAGCGCAGGCAGCAGCCGCUAAGGCCCGAGCUUUGGCCAUGUGACCAGGACAACAUUACCCACAGUGCCACAUCAAUUGGACCUCCAUCCAUCCAUCAGCCUCCUUCAGGUUUCCUUUAUUUCAUGCAGUCAGUUUUUCUCUUUACUGCAUAUCCAGACUUUAUUUUUUGCUGUUUUUGUGGAUUCUCAGCAACAUGUUUAUGUUCUUAUUUAUUUUCUCUCACCUGUGACCUGCAGUAUUUUCUUUGGGCAUACAUGCUGUAUGUGGUUCUUUUUAUGCAUCUGUAUAUGAAGCCACUGAUUCAGGAUCAGCUAAGCCAACAACAGGUUGAACUUUUCAGUUUUAACACAGGUGCUAAAUUUGCUUCAGGCUCAGUGUGGCUCUCUUUUAAUGGAGUGCGUGUAGACGUACAGUAAACACUGAUUUGGUGAUUUUCAGCUCAAAGAACUUCUAAAUAUCAGAGUUUAAACUGGGCUUGUUUUUCUUAGGGAAUAAUUAGGAUGUUGAAGCAACUUCACUGAUGAAUCUGGAUGCUUUUUUCUUAGGGAAUAAUUAGGAUGUUGAAGCAACUUCACUGAUGAAUCUGGAUGCUUUUAGGUCCCUGUCUGAAUCCUUAUCAUUCUAAUUAGGUUGGAUUAGUUAAAGUUCUUACUGCGUAAAACUCAAAAACCAUCUAUAAUUAUCUUUUGUAGCCUGAAUCGUUCAAGUCUUUAAAGGGAGCUUAAUUAGCUUUUACAACCUGAAGCUAAAAACCUGAAAAUGAGACAAGCUGCAGAAGGCAUUCAGGGCUUUCCUCAUCCCCGUUCAUACUUUUACCUACAAAAAGUUACGCACCAAGAAUCAACGAAACAGAAGUCUGUGUUGGUCUUUUCCACUUCUUGUUUUUCUUCAACUUAACCAGAGAGUUUCAUUUUCUUAACUUUGAAAACAGCUUUUGCUUUUCUAUCUGUCAAAGCUGAUUCAUAAAACUGCAGGUGAUGUCUCAUCCUAAUCUGCAAAAUUGAGUGCAAACAAUAUCAAGGAACAAGGACUUAGUAAAUGUUUUCUGGGUUAUUUUCACAUCACACUUUACAAAUCAAAAAGGCAAACAGUCCUGAUGAAUGUGUUACUUGCGUCAAAGUGUAAUGAAUCUGGGAAUCUUGCCAAUGAAAAGCCAGAAUGAUGAAAGAAUCUUCAUCGUGAGGCCAGUGCUACAUCCAGGGUGUGCAGAGCCACCGGCAUGUGGAUGGAGGAAUUCAGAUGUGCGGUUCAGAGUGUGUGUGGGGCUUAAUGGUUGAAACAUAACACAAAACUCCAUGUCCCUUAUACAUAUCCUGUAUUUUCUCACUUAAUCCCUGCAAUAAUUUCAAGUGAAAGACUUCAACCCCUCAAAAAACAGACAAAUACCGGGCUUUGUCUAAUACUGACAAAACAAACACAAAGAGGCGCAGAUGAGUGUAACCACACUGAAAACACAAAUCUGUUGUGUCUAUAGAUCCCUCUAUCACAAGUGACAAAAGGAACAUGAGUGAUAAAAUCAGGCAGAUGAACAGAGAGCUGUUUGCUGUCAGGCUCAUUACUGUAAUUAGUAAUGUGAUCAAUUACUGUCAGAGAAAUAAAACUCCUCGAAAUGUUAAAAUGCAGUAAAAUUCUACAUACUGCACCUUUAACUGGAUAUUUAAGAGUUAAAAGAAAGAGUCUAAAAUGAUGUACAAUUAAACAUAUAACCAAGAGUAUGCAUAGACCUAUAAGUGAAGGACAAUAAAAUCUAUUAUGAAAUAAUGAGAUGUGAAAAAGUGAAGAAACAACAUCUCUCAUCUGCUGCUACAGGUGUAAAAAAUUUUUUUUUUUAACUUUUACACAGAGAAAACCACUUUUUCAGAAAUGUCAACACAUCCACAUUUGAUUAAGAAUUGGACAGAAAUAGCUCGAGUUUCUGACGUCAACUGUUCGUCUUAGGUAAAAUCACAACUGUUGGAAGUGGUUGAUCUUCCAAAUGUGGGAUUUUAGUCAACUAGUUAGACAAACUAUACAUUCAAGAUGCUCUUGCUCUGGUAUCGUGUGAACAUGUUCAGCAUUUCUGAUAUUUUUCUAACACCUUCUGGACCUAGUAGUUGUUAAGUAGUGAAAAGAAACUACAUGUGUCCCUUUGAAAGAGUGCAGGUGCUAAAAACAGCUCGUAAUUGUUACCAAGUGGUCUCUCUUCAUUAUAUAUUCCAUUGUGUUACAUACCUCUAUUUCUUAGAGUGAUCCUUUGAAUGCUGUAGUGUAGUCAUUAUGAACAGUUUAUGUUACAUCUAAAGAUUUUUGUAUGUAGUCGAUGCACUGUACAUUACGGCUUACAGGCAUAAUGCAACCUUUGAUUCAUAAUCACUCUUACCAGCACAUUAGUAAUCUGCAUACAUGUGAUAAAAUAUGACAAAUAGGAGAAAAACAGCGUCUAUUUAAUUUGGUUUUAGACAUAAUUUUCAGAGAAGCACCAACAGAUUAUCUUAAACACUCAUUUUGCUCCCUGUCAAAUGGAGUCUUUAUUGAAAACCUGACUGAGGUGACUCUCUUGAUUUUAAGACCAGGACACAUUAAUUUGAUGGUUUUAUUCGAACAUUUCAGCACGCCACAGUCUUCUGCCUGCAGGUGCUUCAGGCUAAAAAGGAGGAAAAAGAGCAGAUUGAAGGAGGGCGAGAGGGAUGGAGCCGCAUGUGUAAAUGUUGGAGAGGAAGAAUAACACAUAGGAGCUCAGCCAACAGACCUGAUGAGGAAGGAGGAGUAAGGGAGGGAGGGAGGGAGUACCAAGGGAUGUGAAGACAUGAUCUACAUAUUCAACAUUUGAGUCCCAUCAAGGGAGAAAUCGACACUUUGAUGCAAAGAAUCAUCUUAUCCAUCUGCAGAGUUCAGCUGAUUCUCGUUGCUGAUUUGUGAGUCACGUUAGAUCAGACUUUUUGCUUUGCAGCUCAAAGGGGCUUGAACUCCAUCACCAGCCGAGUGGUGCAGCAAAAGUUUGAGAGAAAGGUGGUGAUGGAAUAAAAAGAUGUUUCAAGUCAAGAGGAGAUGAGCUGAAGAUUGAAAUUUUAAGUCCAGUCCGUGUUGAACUCUGAUUUACUGAGAUCACUGCAGGUGGAGAAAUCGUAGAAACCAACUUCUCUAUAGCUUCACCACAAGAUCAUUCUAUCAUGUUUGUAGGUUGACACAAAAUUUAAUCACAAAAUGAAUACACCUUCUUUCGUCUCUCUUUUCUACCUCAAAAAUGUUCACAAACCAUCAUUGAAACUUUCAUAUAACCAUAACUGAGGAUUCAGGAUCGAAUAGUAGCACUUUAAAACCCAGUUUUUGCAUAAAUAUUCCACUUAAUAAGCAAAUAACCCAGGAAAUAAAGAGACGUGCCAAACAGCAAAGAUUCACACGGCGCACUGAGUCAUUAGACCCUGACUGCUGUUUUUUCACUCACUGAGAAAAAGUUACAAAAUCAUUAGGUUAAAAAAGACAAAAACUGAAUGGCAUGAGGGCUUGUGAAGUCUGUCGGACACAAAGUUAUAAACUGUGUGGAAGUGAACUGAUGGACCUCUUCUCCUCUUUAUGGAUUCUUGGUAGACUUGGUAGAGUGUGACGCUGCCCCUGGAAGCAAGAUGGAUGUCGUGCAGUACUUUGGUGUUUCCAGUCAGAAGAAAUGUCUGUAAUUGACAGAUUAAUUUAUGCAGCGCAAAUGUGUUACACCAAACAGUGACGUCAGGAGGUUAUUCACAGAUGAAGGAUGAUGGUCCCCAGGUAAUACUGAGGGUGCGGUGCUUAAGAUGACAGUUUUUGCAGUUAUAUCAACACUUAGAAUGAACACAGAUGUCUUCACGUUCUCGUUCUAAAUACUCAACCUGAGUCUUCAACCUCUGAUCAUUUUAUUCAUUUUGCUGUCGCUCCUCCAGGUUUUCUCCGGUCCCUUGAUACAAACAUUAUCCCCGCCUGCUCGUCAGCCAAAUUUGACUUCUCAUGCUUGUUUUGUCGUGGCAAUUUGAGAUUUAGUUGUAAUUUUCAAAAAUGUGUCGGCUCUGGACACUUUACAGAUCUGUUCUGUUGGUAGACAUUGUUGGAGACUCAGAUAUUUUAAAAAAAUCCAUCAAUAUUAUCAGUUCCUUUGAACUCCAUGGUUUGUUCUUAUUUUUAUUUAUACCAUCAGUGAAGUUGGAGGAUGUGUAAAACAUGAAUAAUCUUUUUCCACCUACGUUUAAUUGAAAUCACUAGAAAAACAAUAUAUUUAAUGUUCAAACUGAUAAACUUUAUUGUUUUUAUUGUAAAAAGUAGGGAUCACCUCUCCAUCCUGCUCAACAGUCUGGGGUCUCUGUUGUGGUAUUUAGGUCUUCAUAAUACGCCACACAUUUUCACUGAGAGUUAGGUGUAGACUACAAGCAGACCAGUCUAGUACCCACUCUCUUUUACGAUGAAGCCACGCUGUUGGAACACGUGUAGAAUAUGUCCUGGGCGUUUUCUUGCUGAGAUAAGCAGAGACAUCCCUGAAAAAGGCGUGGCUUAGACAACAGCAUAUGUUGCUCCUAAACCUGUAUGUACCUUUCAGCAGUAAUGGAGCCUUCACAGAUGUGACAGUUAGCCAUGGGCACUAACGCACCCCCAGACCAUCACAGAUGCUAGCUUUGAAAUUUUACCUAAGAAUAGACUGGAUGGUCCUUUUCCUCCUUCGUUCAUUUGAAGUUUGGACUCUUCAGACCACAGCACACUUUUCCGCUUUAGGUUAGUCCAUCUCAGAUGAGCUCGUGUCCAGAGAAGCAGGUGGCCUCAUGAGCAAGGUGCUUUAUCGAUCUGGAUUUACAUUGGCAAGAUUCCCAGAUUCACUACACUUGGACACCAGUAACACAUUUAUCAGGACUCUCUGCCUUUUUGAUUUGUAAAGGUGAUGUAUAAAUAACCCAGAAAACAUUUAAAAUCAAAAUUUACUGAAUACGAAGGUUAUAUUCACUAAAUUAUAAAAAACCCUCACGAGGAAGAUCCUUCUAAGCAUCCUUGAUCAGAGAAAGGAUGCCCAUUUUUCCUUGAUAGAAGUAUGUCAUUAGGAGCUAAUUAAUCUGGUUCUGAACACUGUUGAGUUUGAACACCUUCACUUAAUUAUUCCAAUUAACUCCAACAUUCCUCGUCUGAAUUUAGUGUGCCGAGGCCUUGAAGGCAAAGUUACAGCAUCAGAAUUUAGGGAGUUUGAUUUGUUCUUUUAUUUCUAACCUUGGCCGACUUUGAAUCAUGACAGCCGGAGUCAGAUAGACGUGGCUAAAAAAAACAGUCAGUAUUAGCCCAGCAAGAAAAGCCUCUGAGUGUUUCCAUUAAAUAAUAGCUAUGUGAAAUUGGGCGGAUAGUUUUCUAGGAAAUAUUCUCUGGAAUUCAACGCCCUCUUUUUACUUUUAUGACGCUUCUGUAAUCUUUCACUGUCACAAAAUACAGGAUGAUUUCAGACUGGAUGUCACACGGACAACAAAACACUGAAAAAGUUGUGCUGUGCUGACAAACUUCUAACCAAUUAGAUCAAUUUGCAUCAGGUUAGUUACAUGACUGGGUUUAAAAAGGACAUUCAAAGAGGCUGAGUCACUCAGAAGGAAAGAUGGGAGGAAGUUUAAAUUCAGGCGAAAUAUGAAGGUCUCCCCUGGAAAAAGUCAUUGUCUGGAUGGCAGCACAUGUUGCUCCUAAACCUGUAUAUAUUGUUCAGCAUUAAUGGAGCCUUCACAGACGUUUAAACUAGCCAUGCCGUUGGCUCUAACAUUUCCUUAUACCGUCAGGGAUACUAGCUUUUGAAUAAUCCCUCCCUUCUUUAGAGACGAGAAUGCAGGUUAAUGUCUAAUUUAGAUUCUUUAGGCCACAAAGCAGUUUUCACACAGCCUCAUUGGACACAGGCCAAGAGAAAAGGUAUCAGGAGUCAUUUCACACCAUUUUGUGACCCGCUAAAAACACCCCAAUGGGACUCUACAUACAAGCCAAAAUGACAAUAAAAAAACAAAUAUUUUCUCAAUAUCUGCGAAGUGUGACAAGUAAUUUAGAAAUUUCCACAUAGUAAUUUCAUAGAAAACUAUUGAAAGUAACAGUAUUUUGAAGUUCAAUAUAACCUAGUUGUCUUCUAACAAAACUCCACCCUCUUCACUAUCUUGUUUUAAUUUUCAUCAACAGAAUCACCAAAUCAGUGCUCGCUGUCUCUCCUGCUUUCCUGUCAAAAGGUGCCCCUUUGCUCUGAUAUCUGGACCUCGUAUUGGUGCUCUGGUAUUUAAAAAAUAAACUGUUUACUACGAACGAGCAGAGCCUAAGAAGGUCGAAAAUCCUUUCACUCAGUGCCGUUACAGCUUAGUCUGAUCUCAGAUCAGUGGACAAAUCCUCCCUCAGUGCCAAACACUCAGUGCCAACAGGCUGGAGCUGAUCCAGAAUCAGUGGCUUCACGUCAGCGAGGGGGUCAGGGCUCUGUGGAGGGAAGUGCAAUGCCUGCAGUGUGACAGGCUGCAGUAAUGAGUGCAAUUUCUGUAUUGGAGGUGCAAUUUGAUGAUGACGUGCAAUUUUCAACCUGACAGCAAGAGCCACCAUCCUGCUGGUUUUACAUCGGGAGAGAAGCUGGUUGCUUUGUCUGCACAGGGAGGCUUUGUUGGUCAAAAAGAGUGUCAUCUGAUGAAACUGAGGCCUAAUUUUAAAUGACUCUUGAGCCAGCAGAGUUUCAUUCCAGACAUACACACAGAAGACCCUCUGUUCGUGUCAAAUUUAAAAGCAAAAGUCUGAAAAGAAACAAUGGUUUUAGAGAUGAAAAUAAAAUCUGAAUUAUGCAUAUAAGACCAGAGAAAAAAAACUCAGAACUUAGAAUAACAACAGAAGUGCUAUCCUGGCAUUUAUAUACGCAUUUAUAUUUUGGAUGUGAAACAUGGUCUGAAUAAUAGAGAAAGAUGAUAAUUUAAUGCUAUUUGAAUGGCCCUGCACUGUGUGUAUCUUUAAAAUGACACUUUUACCCUCACCUUCUGGACAAAAAAAUGCUCAAUUAUAUGUAUUUUUUUUCUCUACAUACCACCGUCAUAAUUAAUGAUGUCACUUUAUAAAGUGUGUGCAAUUCGCCAAAAAUCCUCUCACCUGAAAAGACUCCAAAAAAAAAAAAAAAAAAAGAUAUUAGCAUCUCUAUUGAACUUAAAUUGUGGUUAUAACUAACACGUACAGGUGCAGCUCAUACAGUAUCAUGAAAAAGUUCAGUAUAUUCAGAGAGUAUAUUCACGCCAAAUUUGGACUCAUGGUCAUGGUUCAAUUAUUAUAAAUAUUGUUUAUCUGUUGGGUAGAACAUGCAACCACAGUCAUAGGAAAAAUUCUGACUUGACAGAUGUAAAGAAGACCAUCAUGGACCUCUCCAUAAGGACAGUAGGCUACAGAGAGUCUUUGCUGAAAAGGCUGGCUGUUCAGAGAACACUGCAUGGAGGCAGAUUACAGCGACAGGAAGGACUGCGGCCCUGAGAGGACUGUCAAACAAAGAAGAUCCAAAACUUAGAGCUUCACAAGGAGUGGACUGAAGCUGCAGCACGAAGAGUCUCACUGGGACCAGGACGAAAUUGCUCAGUGGUCCAAAGUAGGUCCCAGAGUCUUGAGGAAGAUCAGAGAGGCCCAGAAUCCAAGGUGCUUGAAGUCCGACGUGAAGUUUCCACAGUCUGUGAUGAUUUUGGGUUCCAUGUCGUCUGCUACUGCUGUGUCUUCUGUGUUUAUCAAGUCCAGAGUCAAUGCAGUCUAAAGUGUACCAGGAUAUUUCAGAGACCUUCACACUUCCAUUUGAUGACCAAGUAAGUGGAGUUGCUGGUUUUGCACCUGCCCACAGCACCAGAACUUCAACCAAAUGGUUUGCUGACUUUGAUAUCACUGCGCUGGAUUAGCCUGCCAACCUGUCCUACCUGAACCCCGCAGAGCCUCUUUAGUCGAGAGGAUGAUGAGAAACAAAAACUACUGAAGACAAAGGCUGGGAAUAUUUCACUUUAUACGUGACAAAAAGAUGAAUACAAAAAAUUUACCUCUUAAAUUUCCAAACAAAAUGCCCUUUUUCCUGAUUUUUGAACGUUUUGAGCUGCACCUGUAUUUUAUAUGUGUGUUGUGCCUGCCGGGAAUCAGCGUCUGUCUGUGUAAUGAGACUGGUGUGUAGACAUGUAAUGUAAGUGUGCGUAUGUGUGUGUGUGGUCGUACUGUAAAGGGGGGGUGGGGGGAUAUUAAAGGGGAGUUAAUUGUCGGUUAUGUGAUUAUCUCAAAGUGCGGUUAAUUUAGGAUGUGGUUUGGGGGCUGAUGUCUUCCCCACUGAACGAUUUGACAGCGAGUGAUGUGGAAAACAGUCAGACUGACGGAGGAAUCUCACACCUUUUAAUUGGCUCUGGGACGGUAGUAGAGACACUGUUAAACGGAGCUGACUGUUGCCUUAAGUUAAAGGCUGAAAUGAUUUGUCAGUCUUGAACAUGGUGUUAUUAUCAGGCAAAAACCUCCUGGCUUUGUGUUUUGUGAUGGUUUUUAUGUUUUGUAAAUAUCGCUCGAUGAUCCCACAUUCUUUCACUCUUAAAAAAAAAAACACUGAGGGAUCACUACACCCUUUAAAAACGCACCUUAAAAAUCUCAACUUGAAAUGUUGCCGUUGGAUAUUAACACAAGGUUUCUAGCAGUUGUAACGUGUUAAACACUGUCAGUAGUUGUUUGGAGUCAUUUCAUGUGUCACUAUAAUGAGUCUCUAUGAUGGAGAGUGUGCAAUUGAAAUCCACACUAAAACAGACUUUAAAAAAUCUUAAUGACACCACCAGUACAUGUAUUUGUUGUUUGUGAAGGAGACGGAAGUUUGACCUGGUCUGUCUUCUUGUGGAAGUAAAUCACUUUUAAUGUCCAUAAAUGUUUGCGAUACGGUCAAAGGUCAUUGGACUUACUUGAUAUGCUUGUUGCCAAAUUAAGAAGUCAUCUAGACACUAAAUAGAGUUUUUAGUUUAAGUGUUUUGGAAGUAGGAUCAUUUGUUCUCUUGCUGAUAUAAAUCAAAGUUUCAGAGUCAGUCUUAUGCACAAAAUAAAUAGAAAGAUAUUGUUAAAUUUGCUGAGUUAAAGGGGCUUUAAAUAGAUAAACAAGCUCUGUUUCACACUACCUGCUUAGUAAAAUCAAACUGCAGGUGAAAAGCCCAAAUGUUUCUGCCAGCUGUGACCCAUAACAGUAAAAUCACAUGUGACGUAGUAGCACAUUAGGCUAAUUUUAUCUUGCUUCUGACUUGUCAACCUUGAACUAUUCGCUAAAUAUUCAGUGGCCAUUAGCUGAAAGUUGCCGUUUAAAACAUCAAGGUUAUUGCAAAACGGCUGUAAUUAGACACAAGCAGGUAUGAGAUAUUGAUAUUAAAGUUAUUUGUUAAUUUGUUGUUAAGUGGAAAAACACUGUAUUUUCCAUUGAACCUGGCCAAUUUGAUUUUCAAACAACACAUAGAAUAUUUAAAACGUUUCUUAAUGGGGCACUCACACCAAGCGCGAGUAAAAUCAAGUGAUAGACGGAGGUUUUUUACAAUUUACCAAGUAAUCCGACCUCCUCACUCACUUGCCUCCGGGCGAGCUCCUUUUCAUUCCAGUUUCGGUAAUUAGACAAAAAGGUAUCAUAUAAUUCAGGGCACCCACACACCGACAUGAUCAGUUUGUCCUCCAUUUUAGAUACCAGUGAACAACCGUCUGUUUUCAUAUGUCACCAGGCAACCUUCGUGCUGAUUAUUUAUCGCGACACGAAUAUCUGCUAAAGUUAAGGCAUAGUCACCUUCCGCCCAAUUCGCGUCAUUGGCACCACCAGAGUAGUAGGAGCGUCUAAUCCUGGCUUGACAUUGACUAAACAUGUAAUUCAUUCACGCGAAUGAUUUUACUCGCAUUGGUGUGUGGAGACAGUCACAAAACACAUGUAUCAGUAUAACAUAUUACUUGGAACACCUGCCCCACACUUUUGAUUCUGGAGGACAAAAUGAUAAAAGGUGAUGUCCGAGAGGCUGGCCUACUUCAAAUUAAAAAAAACCCAGCACGUUACACUUUUUAGAGAUGUGAACAACUUGCCAUUGGCUAACCAACAUGAAUAUUUAAAAGAUGCUUUCAGGCAAUAAGUUUGGGGAAUAUGGAGUCCCUGAAGUCCACUGAAGUGAUGGUUUUGUCUUGUACACAAUCAGGGGGCCUGUACAGUGUGGACUAAACAUCUUGAGGAGAUAAGUCAUUGUUUUGUGCAUAUAAGUUUUGUGUGCACUAAAAUGAUCAGUUACCUCAUGCAAACAAGUCAUCUUUUGCACACGAGUUGACUAGCUUUUUCAGAGUAACCAAGUUAACUAGAAUAGUGUAUGUAUUGAAGCAUUUUCUUUAGCUCAUAACUACUAGAGUUAAUGUAUUCUACAGGUUUCUGCUUUGCAGGAGAGUCAAGUAGAGCCAGAAUAGGAUGUUUGCACCUGGUUCUCCACGUGGCAGGAGACAGCAUGCAAAAACCACUUCACAAAUGAUCCAUGCUGCUUCAUCCCUAUCAGCUCAGAUCACUACGCUUUAGUGUGAGGAAGUUGCAGAUGUGGCUUAAGCUAAUAGUGGAUUGCUGUAUCUUCAACAUAUUUGUGCUGUGGCACUAUAAACUUUUAUGCAACCACAGGUAGAGAGAGGAUAGCAGGGAGAGGAGCAGGGAGAGGCCUAUGAGCACGUCUGUGUGUGCAUUUGGAAAGCCGAGGGGUAGAGCAUGACAAGAUGCUGCUGCGAUUGAGAGCAUGCAUAUAAGCCCUCUCAUCUUUGUGCAGAGGAAAGCUUAAUAUGUUGGUCUGCAGCCUGUGAUAAAAUGAAGUUCUGGUGAUGAAAGAGCUUCAGGUCGUUUUCAGAACUUUUCCAUUGAUACCCGCUAAUUCCAUCAAACUAUAGACUUAAAAAAGAUAUGGCCCAAAUGAUGAGAUGAGCUGAAAGUCAAAGACUGAAACACAAGGAAGUCUUGUUAUUCAAAAGAAAAUAUUCAUGCAACAGACAAAAAAAAAAGAGCCAGAGAAGAUGUCGACCUCCUGAUGAGCAGAAACCAAUUGAACAGGUGAGCCCAGCCUCCCUAUAUAACCUCCCACACUCAGCUGAUUGCUGCCAGCUGAGGGAGGUCACAGGUGCUGGUUGAUGGGUCUUGACUAACCAGUGGAGCUCGUGUUAGCAUUACCAUCAAAAUUAAAUAAAAGAUGCGAAAGUAAAGUGAAGUAUCUGUGAUAAAGGUGCAAGAUAAAGCUUGUUUUCUUGAGCAUUAAAGAUAAAAACGGUCACUUUUGUAGGACUUCAGGGUCUAUGUGAGGAGGUGAAAACUUGUCUUCAAUCUUAAAUGCAGCUUUUUUCCUCAUUCUUCUGUUUUAGGAGUGAUUUCAAACGAUCUGAAGAAAACUUGAUGCCUUUAAAUGUUUGACAGAAAUGUUGUCUUCAUUGAAGCUACAUGCCUGUUUUCAUUUUGUUUGUUUUAUACCAGGAUUGUUGUUCUUUACAGUUUGAUUUUAAGUUGAAUGUCCUUUAUUUAUGAGUGUGUUUUAAGAAGCAAAGUCUGUGUUUAGAAAAAAAAAACGUAACUUACUCUUCACACAUAUUUGAGGUCUGGAGAUGUGGUGGUUGUAAUUAUUUUCAUUUGUUCCACAGUGUUCACCUCACACUUUCACAUAUACACAUACACAUAGAUACAUACACUAUAGCCUGCACAAAAGCAGACAUGAUUAUAAUCACCACCAUGAUGAGAAAAUGAGGAGAGAGAGUCCAUGGCUCUGUAAUUGCUGUUCAACAAGUAUGUGACUGGUAAAAAGAAAAAAAAACAUACAGAGGGAGUUUAACAAGUGCCUGAACAAAAACCUUCUUCUACUGUGCUUUGAAUACUUUGAGACUGUCUGACUGUUUUACUAACUUUUUCUUACGUGUUGCUGUUUUUUUUAAAGCUGUUCAACCUUCUCUGCCUAAUGAAGAGAAGUGAGACAGGCAGUGCGUAGGUGGGUGGCAUUAAGUGACCAGUAUGUACAUAUAUCACACUCUGCUGAGAUUAUAGCCUGAUGACUAAUGACUCGGCCGACUCGCUGCCUUCGCUCACUGCAGGCCUUUACUUUAACUCUCAGUUUUUCGGCAGAAAAAUACUUUAAAACUUCUGAAAGCUGGUGAAUCAACAUUUAUAGUCAAUGUAUAAAAGUUAUUCAGGACUUAUUUGACUCUCAGCAACACGAGGAAAAGAAAGGAAAUAGUUCAGGUCCUCCAUUAUCUCCAGUUUAUUCUGGGAAACAUAAAUCCAAAUUGUUGAAAAAGUGUUAUCGGCGUUGAUAAUGGCUAUCUUUACUGAAAAUGAAAUGGUGCUGCAGUAAGGAUACAGGAGUACUGACUGGUUCACAGUGGGGAGAUAAUGAAGCAGAAGAAGAAGAAGACGAAGAGUCAGUUAAUAGCUAGCCUUAACCGCGGAGCUGCAGUACCACUAAAUAGAGACUCAUGAACCAACUUGUGCUAAUAACACAGUAACCUUUCCUCACUUUUGGGUCAGGAGUCGUUGUUUUAUUUCUAAUGCAGUUAUAAAUCUGCUGAAACGAAGGCUUGCUAUCUGUUAGAUUUUAAAAAUAGCCUCCUUCUUUCAACAAGUGUAGGCGCCCCCUGCUGGCCAUUAGAAAGGAAGCAGCUUUAAGUUGUUUGGAAAGGUUAUCCUCGACUUCGACUGACUCGGUUCAGUUUUAUGACAAAGACUACAUCCUCCAAAAAAAACUGUGAUUUCUUGUUAAGGCGCACCUUUAAUUGUGAAACCAAACUCACAAUACCGUAAAGACAAUCUCACACUAGUCUCCACACCUGUCAAAAUUUAGUUACAGUCCGCAUCCAGGAAACAGCAAAUACUCAGGUGUAAAAAAUGACCCAUACAUGGACAGCAUUUUAGAACUCUACCAAGUCAGUGUUGUUGUUGUUGUUGUUUUUUCCAGUCAGGGGCUUUGUUAUCAAUUGACUAAAAUUUGAGAUGAUGUAAAACCACUGACUGAAUAAAAAGAGAGAUCUCCACCUUCCUGUUGUGCAAAAGUGAAGCCAAAAUACAUUCACGAUGAUGCCAAAAUUUUGCAAGUGACAGAAAGCGUAUUUGUGAAAUAAUAAAGACGUGUAAUUUAAUUUUCAAGUGUGACCCAUGUCCCAUCUGUUCACAUGGAGGAGCUGGCUGAUAUUACAGCCAAUCAGUAGUUGAGCUCUAAUGUUUUGUCUUCACUUCUAGGAGCUGUCAUGUCAUCUUUCUGUACAGUCUGUGAUUUGAUCAGAUGGUUUUUUUGUUUUAGAGUAAGAAGGUAAAUCAUACAGACUCAGCAGGGCUUUAACUUCCCACAGUCUACUCUCUAAAAUAAUCUGCUUAAUGAAAUCAGACAAUCAGGACCUUUGGGAAUAUCCCUCUGUCACUCGUGUGUGUUGUGUAUUUGAAUCAGGGCGUACUCUCUGUUCUGGCACCUUUAAACACUGAAGAAAACAGCAUUUGAACACAAAAAAAAAAAACCUGAGACCUGUUGAUGUCACUAAGCCAUAAUGUCAUUUUUGUCGUUUUUGAUGAAUUUGUUGCAAGAUGAUGUCACGAAUAAAAAAAAACAAAAAACAGUGUUUGAGGUUUUAAACAAAGACAUCAACUUAAGAGAGGAAAUAAAUAAAAGUGCAUGGAAUCCAACUGGA